UCUUUUGUGGUUAUGAACUUGCAGCAUGUCCGCAAUGGUCUUAUUGUUGCCUGUUACCAAGGUUAUGUGGAUAUUGUAAUAGCCUUAGCACAAUGCCCUCACCUUGAUGUGAAUUGGCAGGACAACGAAGGGAACACAGCUCUAAUUACAGCUGCACAAGCAGGGCACAUAACCAUUACAAACUAUUUGCUGAACUAUUUUCCCGGGCUUGAUAUUGAGAAGAGGAAUGUGUUCGGAUUCACAGCACUGAUGAAAUCUGCGAUGCAGGGCCGAACUGAAUGCGUGAAAGCCUUGAUGUUGGCAGGGGCAAAUGUUCAUGUGACUGAUCCAAGCCGUGGACUGACUUCAUGGGAAUGGGCUUGUUACACAGGAAGAUCAGAAUCUGCCUUCAUCAUGCAAAAGCUGAUGGACAGGCCAUGCCCGGAACAGUUUUGUGAUCAAUUUAAACCAGAAUGGCCAAAGAUGAAGGAACUUCUUGCCAAGGCGGCAGAGCCAAAAAGCUGUUUGCAGAGGAUUUCUGAGUGCAUGAGAGCAGCUGUCUCAUUCCGGUCUUUCUACGGCCCAGAAGAAGACGGGGUCCUCGACCACAUGGUGAAGGUGACAACAAGCUUGGGCAGUCCUUUCAUUGCUCUGUCAUGCCGGACUGUGUGCCCAGGCAGCCCACCUUCUGUGGGGAAACGCAGACUGGCUGUGCAAGAAAUCAUUAGGAAGCAGAGAGCCGAGGAGAUCCGAUCUCAGGACAAAGAGCACUUUAGCAGCUACGAGAAGCUGUUUCAGAACUCCAAAGUCACGCUGAUCCCCAAGAAGAAGGACCGGCGAGCCAGCCUGCAGCCCAUCAGCCUUGCAGUCUCUCAAGUGAACACCAUAGCCACGAGGAAAGCAAGCCUCUUGCCUCUCCACCUGCUUAGACGGAGCAGUGUCAGGCCGGGAUUUGUCAUCCCCAAAGUCCGUAUCAGCAAGGCUCCUCCACCCACCUUCCAGCCAGAGAAGGCGAGAAGGAGGAGCAGUGCAAAGGAUGACCCCUAUUUGCAGAUUCCCAAAUGGAGAUACAAGGAGCUAAAAGAGGAGAGGAAGAAGGCAGAGGAACAGGAGAAGAAAAAAGCAGCAGAGACUCAAAAGCAGAGGCAGGUGUCUCCUGCCAGAUGCAGGACCUGA